AUGUCUCUAUCCGAAGAAGAAGGACUUUAUAAUCGCGAAGACAUCAAGAGACGUGAUACUAUACAGCUGAGCAACCGAGUUCGCUACAUUCGUCGAUUACGUUUCCGAGUUUACUACUUCUUAGAUCAUCCUAUGAACGCAAAUAGCACAUGGUAUCAUUUUGGAGUUUUUUUAAUCGUCCUUGCAGCAGUGAUACUAGGGGCCACGAGCUACUCAUGGAAUGAUCCCUUCUUGAAAGAAGUAUAUAUCCAAAUGGAAACGCUGUUAGCACUAUUUUUCCUAGGCGAAUUUAUCAUCAGAAUGUGGAGCAUAUCGGCAGAUGCAAAAUAUGUGGGAUAUAGGGGUCACCUGAGAUAUCUAACACGUCUGGUUUGUAUUGUGGAUGUAAUCAUAAUAACUGUCACUUUAACUUUGGUUUGCUUGGAGAAGACUUAUAUUUCUGAUAAUACGUUGGAUUAUUUACGGCUGAUUCAGAUACUUCGGCUGUUCCACAUUGACAGACAGAUGACAACAUUUCGACUUUUCAAAAAUAUGAUAGUCUUGGGAAAGUGGGAACUGUUGGCUGCUUAUAACAUUACUUUCAUGGUUUGUCUGACUAUGGUCAACCUCGUCUACAUCAGUGAAAAUGAAGGAUUUAUAUUACAAAUGCCACAAAACUCAUCGGAAAUCACUAGAUCUGAAGCAUUUCCAUCGCUUGCUCAUACAUGGUGGUUUACUCUUGUGUCUAUAGAAACCGUAGGGUAUGGUGAUAUUGUUCCCUCCAGAGGGAUUACAAGAGUUAUCGUUUGCCUUUUUGGCUACGCAGCUUACUGCACAUUCGUUACUGCCUCUACUCAGAUUUCAGUAGGAUUAACAUUAAUGAUGGAAGAAGAUAGCAAAAAGGAGUGUGAAAAUAAACUACGCAAUACUGCCGCAUCGCUAAUACAGUUUUGGUUUCGUUUCCACCUCGCUAGUGUUGAGGACAGGAAGAUGACGGAAUAUUUUAGACGUAUCUGCUUCAAACUUUAUUUAACAGCUAGACGAGGGCAUCGCAAUCGGCAACUCAUGACAAAAUUGCGCGAGAAAGUCGAGAGGAAAAAGAAGUUACAGUACGAUGCUUACUGUACUAUACAUGCUGCAUCAUUUGAGUCAUGGAAACGGCAGCUGAGCGUCGGUGUUACUCAACAUGUCAUACAAGCACUCAAUCUAGAUACUCCUCGUAUUCGAAGGAAAGGACUGAAAAGGCAUGCUAGCCUUCCAGAGACAGCGCUUUGUAAAGAGGUGGAUGAGUCGCGGUCUGGGAUCAUUCUGGCACGAAUAAGUGAUCGACGCGGAUCGACUGAUACGAACGCCUCGUCAACCAUGGAGCUCUCAGACUUAGAAACUCAUCUCGACGCCAAUGAUAUGUUUGAUGAAGAGCAAUCGGAGUCGUUGAAUAUCUCUGAUGUGGAAGAAUGGAAACUGCACAAAUACAGGCCGCUUUUGCGGUUUUUCAAUUUCUUGCUUUUCCGGGAGUACACGAAAAAACUCCAACGCUUGCGCAAGGCUGACCGUCUUCUAGAAGUCGAAGCAGAAAUCCGUGAAAAGGAGAAUUUGAGGCAGCAGAAUCUCAGAGAGCUUGAACUGAGGAUGAACGCCAUGCUGGGAAGGCCGGGUUCCUCUCCUUUUAACAAUAACCCCAAAGAGAAGAUUGGCGUGAACGCUCGGCUUGAUCUCUGCGAGUCAAAAAUGAAGGAAAUGCAGCUCACCCUCGAAAAAAUUCACAUACUUGUGCGUGAAGUUGCAGCGACAAUGGGUGGUAGUGGAAUGCAAGAAGCACUACCGCCAACACCUCCAGGAAGAAAAUCGUCUUUCACACUGAAUUAUCGACGUCACCACUUUCUGCGUGAUCAACAUGGCCCUCCUUUAAAUGGUAAUAAGCAGCACCAUUUGUUGCGGACGGUGCUGAGCGGCACCGGAUUUGUUGUUGCAGAGCCAUCUAAUGGAGAUGAUGUUGAGCAACAACAUUUAAUGGAUCCAUCAUUUAUUGCAUAUGGUAAUGAUCAACACCAUAUUGUUGCGAAUAGUGUUAAGAGCACGGGAUUUGUUGUUGCACAGCUAUUAAAGUCGGAGAUGGUGUGGAGCAGCACUGACUUUGUUGUUGCAGAGCCACUACUUGUUGGAGAUGGUGUUGAGCAACACCAGUCAUUCUUGUUAGAGGAGGUGUUGGGCGCGCCACAUAAUUUUGCGCAGUCAACAGUUACUGCAUACAGUGUUUAUCGCACGUUGUUGCAAAAGGUGUUGAGCAGCACCGGCCUUGUUGUUACAGAGCUAUUUCAUGUUGGAGAUGCUGUGGAGCAACACCAUCUUGUUGUUGCGAAUUUGGCAUCAUUUGUCACGAAUACUGUCGAACAAACCGAUUUAUCGCUGCAAACAAUUUGCACAUAG